AUGCAUUAGUUUAUUAAUUUAAAAAAAAACCUGAAAAACAUGUUAAACAAUUUUUUGUUGUUGUUUAACAAGUAUUGCAAUUUGGAUCACAAGUAGAUUAGCAUUAAUUACUUAAUUGAUUUAAAUAUUAUCCAGGAUUGCAAGUGAGACAAUUUAUUGUAGUUGUUUAACAAGUUAAGCAAUUAAGAUCGCAAUUUGGUUAACAUUAAUUAUUUGAUAAAUUUAAAUAUUAUCCAGCUGGACAAGUUAAACAAUGAAUAGUAGUAACUUAACAAGUAUCACAAUUAAUAUCACAAGUUGGUUGACAAGUUUUUGUUGUUAAAUUUAAAUAAGUUCCCAAGUUGCAAGAUUCACAAUUGGUUGUUGUUCCUGAACAAGUAGCACAAUUAGCAUCACAAUUUGAAUCACAAACAUCUGUUAAUUAAUUUAAAUAUUGCCCAGAAAAACAACUUAAACAAAAAUUAGUAUAAGUUUAGCACGUUGCACAAUUUGCAUCACAAACGGAAUCGCAAGAAUAAGUUGAAGGAUUUAAAUAUAAACCAGUUCCACAUGUUAAACAAUGAGUAGUAGUUGUUUCACAAGUUGCACAAUUUGAAUCACAUUAAGAUUAACAUAAAUUGUUUGACUAAUUUAAAUACAUACCUAAAUUGCAAGUUAAACAAUAAGUAGUUGUAUCUUGACAAGUAGCACAAUUUAUAUCACAAUUAGAUUAGCAUUGAUUAUUCUAUAAAUUUAAAUACAUUAAAUCAUAACAAGAGAGACAAUUAAUAGCAGUUGUUUCGCAAGUUUCGCAAUUUGAAUCACAUAUGA